GGGGGCACGCUGCUGACGGUGAGAUCGAGGCCUGUCGCGAUCGUGAGUGGUGAACGGCGUCGAUCGUGAUCGAUCGAUCGAUCACUCGCGGUGGAGGACACGUGACCGACAGAACAGAACAGUCUCGUCCCACAGGAAUCACUUCAUAGUAAUAAUUGUGGCGAUCGAGUAGGACGAAGUCCCUUCCUUGCAGAAGUCCUCCGAAUCGCAGACUCUUUAUCGAUCGAUCGUACUCUCGAUCCACGUCACAGGUCCAAGGGUGCAUCCUCAACGAAUUCUGGAACCAUCGAGACGCGCGGGAGAUAAGAAGAACCGGCGCGAUUCUGCGCAGUGGCACCAGAGUUAGACACGCGUGCGUGGCGUUGAAAUCGGGUGGAUUCGAACAAGUCAACAGGAAACUUUGAUUAAAAACCGUGUGACAGCGAGCGAGCAUUAGGAUCUUAAUUGACAGGUUCUAAUUACCCCCACGAUCACGGAAAAGUCUAUCACGAGUGACUAAGUUGACAGAGUAACUAACAGUGCUGGGAUAGUGAGAAUCCAGAGUGAUUUAUCAAGUAUGUAUGGUUAAGGGUUUUGGUAGAUCCACGAUCCAUUUUGUAGCUGCAGUGACAUUGAAAGAUCUACGUGAGGAGAAGAUGGAGAAUCCUUGAAACGUGCAGGUGCUUCCGCCGUAGGCAGCUGCGAGAGAUGUGGUCGCGAUCGCGAUUCCUAGUCCUGACAUGGCUGCUCGCGUUGCUGAUGGGAGUUAGGGUCAGCGACGGGUCGCAGAGGCCGCGUCUUGGCAGCGCUGUGAACGUCUUCAGCCGAUACGGCUACCUGAGCAUCAGCAUGAGAGUAUUGCCCAGGAACGACACGGACACCUGGAUAUUUCGCGAGCCCACGUUGGACGUCUUCACGAAUCCAGUCCCGACGGUGGCCAGCCAGCGCCAGCAGACGGCCGUCUUCGACGGCGACUUUCACAUGGAGUUCUGCGACAACAUCCGCCAACUCCUGCAGGCGUACUUCCGGGACUUCACAUUCGAGAGGCUGGAGAGACCGUGGCGCGCGUUCACAGGCAGUUGGUCUAAGGGAGCCAUCGCGCGACACUUGGGAAUCAACUCGUCGUUCAUCACUGGGGAGCAUUGCUACGUGCUGGUGCGCGUCGCCAGGUUCCGUGAGAACGAGAAGCUUGCUGGCACGGCGGAGUCGAUGAUCGUCGACGAGGCCGUUUACAGGGAAACGAGCAACGUCACGGUCGGCGAUACCGCGAGCGUGGUUCGAUUCAUCAAGCACUUUGGGUCGCACUACAUCGCCGCCUACGUCACGGGGAAUUCAUUGUACCAGGUGUUCGUCUAUACUCCACAAGCGUAUCUGCGUAUAAAAGAGCGGUUGAAGACACGCGGUGUGGCGAACCUCUCGAAUGUCGAAUUAAGUAACUACUUCUCCCCAUGGUAUGCAGAGCACAUCGGUUCCAUACAAGCUGCCAGCGGGAAUAGCACCGUGGAAGCAUGGGCAGUGGAACGACUUCGAAAUCAAUAUUAUAUUUUCUCCCACGCGAGCCUGCUGAAAUUACACGGAGACGCGAUCUUGCUGAAGCAACUUGAUGGACUACUUGGAGACGAAGCGCUACUGCAGCUACAGCUGCGAACGUUGGCGCCCAUUUUUAAUGACACUCAGCGACGCGAGUGGUUCCUCGAGGUGAUCGAUAAUUACUUUAAGUUAUGGGAAGUGAAUAUGUGAAGACGUUGUACUGAUCCUGGAAGGAAAGAAAACAAUUGGCACGCCUCUGUUUCACUCGCGUGAUUCAUACGCGGUCGCGAAAUGAAACUAGAGGAGGUGUCGACCUCUGGCGAGGUAGAUCAUCUGUGACUUCGAGUUUAUCGUUAAUUUGGGGUCCCACCGGAAGUUCACUAUUUGUUCUCCGUCGAACGGACGCUAGGGUCUAAUAAAGAAGCGGCCAACUAUCAUAUUGUUAUGAAUAAGUAUUUAUUAUUAUAAUCAAUAAUAGAAAACAUUUUUAUACAAAAGUUUUAAAUAUAUCACAAGCAUUUUUCCCAAAAGUAUCUGACUGAAAAAUAAGCGACUUCUUGUCUCUCCACUUAUGGUUCUAUUUUUUUUAU